AUGAAGCUCACCGUCAAGACACUACAGGGCGUGGCCUUCUCCCUGGACGCCGAACUCACGGACGCGGUGUCCGCUAUCAAGCAGAAGAUCGAGGAGCUGCAGCAGUUUCCCGUGUCGCAGCAGAAGCUCAUCCACGCCGGAAAAGUCCUCAAGGACGACAGUACACUGAGCGUGUACAACGUCAAGGAGAACGACUUUUUGGUCGUGAUGGUCACUAAACCCAAGGCAGCGAAGCCUCCAGCUGCUACUGCUGCUCCUUCUGCUUCGGCUGCUGCAGCCCCAUCUCCAGCUCCUGCUGCCCCUGCUGCUGCUGCUGCUCCUACUCCCAACACAUCGUCGGCGUCCAACAGCUCUUCAGUAACUGCUUCAGCAGUUUCGACACCAUCAGCUGCUCCAGCUACAACUGCUGCCACUUCCUCGAUGGAAGACGGUGGCGAUCUGGCGGCCAGCGAGCAGAUGAGCGCUACGGUGCAGCAGCUCGUGGACAUGGGCUUCCCGGCCGACCAGGUGCGCAGUGCACUUCGUGCGGCUUUCAACAAUCCGGAACGUGCAGUGGAAUACCUGAUGACUGGCAUCCCCGAGCAAGCUGCACAGGUAGCUGCGCCUUCGGCUGGAGUCGAUGCAGGUGCUGAUGCCAGUGGUGACGAGACUGCAAACACGCUCGAAGCACUUCGCAACCACCCGCAGUUCGACGCGCUGCGUCAACUAGUGCAGUCUAACCCGGCAGCGUUACCGGCGGUACUUCAGCAGAUCGGUGCACAAAGCCCAGAGCUGCUGCAGCUGAUCCACCAGAACCAGGACCGCUUUGUUCAGAUGUUGAACGAACCCAUUGGAACCCGUGAGGUGGGAGCAGCUCCAGGUGGUGCAGGUGUUGCACCGUUUGAUCUGGGAAUGGGUGGGGAUGGUGCCAUGCCGUCCCCACAGCAGAUCCAGCAGCUGGUGGACUCGCUCUCACCAGAGCAGCAAGCUCAGAUGGCAGCACAAAUGGGCAUGACCCCCGAACAGCUGCGUGGGUUAUCUCAAAUGCUCAGCAACUUGCCGCCUGGAGCAAUGGAGCAGAUGAUGGCGUCAAUGGGAGGUGGCAGCAGUCGGGAAGCUCUCGGUGGCGGUGCUGAAGCUAGCGUCGGAGGAGGAGGUCGCCGCAUCAUGCUAUCUGAAGAGGAAGCGGCAGCCGUCGACCGGUUGUGCGAGAUGGGGUUCGAGCGCACGGACGCGAUUCAGGCAUAUUUGGCAUGUGACAAGAAUGAGGCGUUGGCAGCCAAUUUCCUCAUGGAUAGCGGAGACAGUUUCAGCGGCGACGCUGCCGGUGGUGCGGGAGGCCAAGGAGACGACAACGAUGACAUUUAUGAGUAG